UGUUUUAUUAUCCCAUACCAGUAGUACAACAUUUACUUGUUUAUCAUGAUAGUAACAAUGGAUAUGUUUUUCAUAUUUCUUAAUUUAAAAUGAAGAUGGUGUAGAUACGUAUUCAGUAAAAUGGAUUAUAAGUUAAUUUAUGUGUGUAUUGUGCAUUUAGUGAUUAAUAUUCUGAGUUGCCAUGGAUAUUUACGAGUGUGUUAUUAUACAAACUGGUCUCAGUACCGAAAAGGAAUUGCUCGUUUUGUGCCAGAAGACAUUGAUGUUAAACUGUGUACGCAUCUUAUUUAUGCAUUCGCCAAACUUGAUGGCUAUAAGUUAGCAGCAGUUGAGUGGAAUGAUGAUACGACGCCAUGGAGCAAAGGAAUGUAUGAAAGAUUCAACAAUUUGAAAUUGUCAAAUCCAUCAUUAAAAACAUUGCUGGCCGUUGGUGGCUGGAAUUUUGGCAGUAAACCUUUUAGUGAUAUGGCUUCUCAGCCAAGUAGAAGAUCAAUAUUUAUAAACUCAACAAUCGAGUUCUUACGGAAGAGAAAUUUCGACGGACUAGACAUUGACUGGGAGUACCCUGCAACACGGGGCGGGCCUCCACAAGACAAGAUGAAUUUAGCCUCAUUAAUGAAGGAGAUGAGAAAAGCGUUUGAAGAGGAAUCAAAAUCAACAGGAAAAUCUCGUUUGUUACUAACAAUAGCUGUACCAGCUGACGAAGAGAAAAUUAAAAAUGGAUACGACAUAGAAGCUAUUUCAAAAUCUUCAGAUUUUAUCAAUAUAAUGACCUAUGAUUUUCACGGAGCAUGGGACCCAAUAACAGGCCACAACAGUCCGUUGUUUCCUAGAAUCAAAGAUAGUGGGUACGCAGCACAGAAAAACAUUAACUGGGUUUCAAAUUAUUGGUUUAAUAAAGGUACACCAAGAUCGAAAAUUAUUAUUGGAUUUCCUCUGUUUGGCAGAGGUUUUACGUUAACAAACCGGAACAGCCAUGACAUUGGAUCUAGUGCAACCGGUGGAUCGAUUGCAGGGCCUCACACUAGUGAAGUUGGAUAUAUUGCUAAUUUUGAGGUUUGCAAGAUGAUAGCUGAUGGCGCUAAAGUAUACAGAGACACUGAACAGAAGGUGCCUUAUCUUGUCCAGGGAGACCAGUGGAUAGGUUACGAUGAUAAAGAAAGCUUUACUGAAAAGGCAAAUUGGGUAAAACAGAACAAAUUUGGUGGUGUAAUGUUUUGGUCAUUAGCAUUAGACGAUUUCACUGGUUUGGCAUGCAAGACUGGUUCUAAAUAUCCAAUGAUAUCAACGGUCAAACGUAUUCUAACAGAAAAAGAUAAAAUAGGAGUCAAUACCAAACAACAAACAUCUCAACCACCAUCAAUAUCGGAGACAAAUUCCGUGAAAACAGUCACACCUAUUCCAUCUGCUUCAUCUGACGUCACUGUUACGUCAUCAAGUCCACCACCAGCCGUCAUACCAAUUGUAUUAAAGACACCCACUGUUACGUCAUCAGCUCCACUACCAGCCGUCAAACCAAUGGUAUUAAGGACACCCACUAGGACAAAUGAAAAUUCAAAGGUUAACGAUAAUAAAACACACUCAUCGACUUCUAAUGGACAACUUAAAGCAAAUAAAAAUGCAAACCUAUCUGUAGACAAUGUAAUUGUAGGAGAGGACAAACAAUUAACGACAUCAACUAAAGAAACGAUUUUAAAAGGUACGAAAAAUUCGUCCACGUCACCCCUUACAACUAACAUUAGUAACAAAGGACUAGAGAAAAGGGUUGAAGAGAAAAACCUUGAAGAGAGAAACAAAAUAGAAACACAUUCUGAACUUGCAAUAAUUAAAGAAAAUACUGACGUGAAAGGUACGAAAGCAAUUUCGAGCAAACUGUCUCAAGAAACAAAAUCAAGUACAGAAGAGAUACAAAGGAAUAACGACACUAAAGAUACAUCUAAGAUAUUAAACAAGCAAUCCUCUGUCAAUUCAACCAGUUUGAACCAAGAUGGCUUUCAAACAAAAGAAACAGAAAUGAAAACAGAGAGUACCGACAAGGAGAACGUUACACAAUUAACUACUCAAAACAGUAGUAGUAUUCAGAAUACCGUACAUAACACUAAUAUAUCAGUGUCUAUAACAACAAAUAUAAAUAAUAAGGAAACAAAUAACAAGACAGAAAUUACAAACACAAGUCAAAAUAUUUCAAAACAGAUAAAUACAGAAGAAUUAUUGAAGAACGCAAAUAGUAAACAACAAAAUCUUACCCUCACUGUGAGCGGAUCUGUUACGGAUACAGUCGAUAGAACACCCAACAUAACGGAAAAUCAUACAAAUAGUGUGCCAGAGGCAGGAAAAACAAUGGGUACAUUAAAGGAAGGCAACACUAAAGGUAGAACAAUGACAGAGUCGUCCUCUUUGAAGGUCGCAAAUGGUGGUGAUGAUAGUAGUAGUAGCAAAAAUAAAACGGUAACACCAGAACUAAAGAAAACGGAAGUACCAAAUACAGAUGCUCAAAUAAAAUCAAAUUCGUCUGGAAAUGGUUUAGAUACUGCUAAUAAAAGUUUCAAAUCGUCAAAUACCGAGACAGCUACCACAGAAACAUCAAAUAUAUCUGCGAAAACAAGGAAAAUAUCAGAUAGCACUAAAUCAAGAAAAACAUCAAGUAAAAAGUCUAGAAAAAAAUCAAGACGAAAUUCAAGACAAAAUUCAAGACAAAAUUCACCACAAAAUGGUCAAUCAUCAAUACAAGAAUCUACAAAGAAAACAUCGUCCGGAAAAGUGUUGCCACAGUCAGACUCAAUAUCCGGUGACACAAGCAAGACAGGAGUGAAACAAGAAUUAAAGUUAGAAAACAAUAAAAGUAAAGAAACCAUACGAAUGCGACGAUCUAACAACAAUUUUGACUACAAUACACAUUUUCGGAAAAGGUCCCUUCUUCAAACCACAGAAGUUGGAAAUGGUGCUAAUCCGGCAGGAUUUGGUUCAGUAUUGAGUUCUCUAUUAAAUAUAGUGUCAAAUUUUGCAGUAGGGGGUAGAGAACGUUCGGUCCAGCAACCACAGGGAUCUAACACCGGCGGAAGACGUAUUGAAGCAAGACGAAUAAGUGUUACACCAAGCCCACCUGCUAAUUCAGAUUUGCAAAGACGUUUUGGAGCUAGGAGACGAUUAGCUGUAACUCCUAGACCAACUGGUGUUCCUAAUUCUCAAAGACGUCUAGAGGCUAGGCGACGACAGACUGUCACACAAGGCCCAUCUCCUCGAUUGCAACAAGCAUUACGAUUACAACAAAGGACAAAUGCUAGACAAAAUCAACAGACUGGGUCAAAUGCUAGACAAAAUCAACAGACUGGGUCAAUUGCUAGACAAAAUCAACAGACUGGGUCAAAUGCUAGACAAAAUCAACAGACUGGGUCAAUUGCUAGACAAAAUCAACAGACUGGGUCAAAUGCUAGACAAAAUCAACAGACAGGAACAAAUCCUCGACAAAAUCAACAGACUGGGUCAAAUGCUAGACAAAAUCAACAGACUGUGUCAAAUGCUAGACAAAAUCAACCGACUGGGUCAAAUACUGUCGACCCAACUUUAAACACGAUGCAAAUGCAAAAUCAAAGGCAAACGACAAACAUUAGACAAGAUCAGCAAAAUAAUGCUAAUGCAAUUCGUAUUACAAAUAGACGACAGUUACAAAAUCAAAGAACAAAUAAUGCUAGACAAGGCACCCAAGUAAGCUCUAAUACAGCAGCUAGUUUACGAAACAGAGUACAGUUGCAAAAUAGGCAAUCGACACGAACAAGACCACAAUCACGUAAUGGUACACCCGAGAGCACCGCCUCAUUUCCGUCUGUCGAAUCUGCUAAUAAUAGAAGAACUAAUGCAGAUGUCAAUCCAACCCGACCUACACAAAUGAAUAGUGUAAUGCGCCAAAGAAAUGGAAAUGUUGUUCAAAAUAACGAAAUGCGUGUGCUGCAAGCAAGACAAGGAAGCAGGCUCAGAAAUGAUAAUGCAGUUCGGAAUAAUAACAUACUUCCAUCUAGUUCUGGGAACGCGAAUCGUUUGACGGUUUCUCGAGAUAAUAUUUUAGAAAACAGAUCGCCAUUAGUAUUACAGCGAAAUGAAGACGCGACUCGUCAGCGAGGAGGCUUCUCUCGUUCACAGAAGUCUGUACAAAAUAAUCCAAAAACAAAUCAGCUGCGUGAUUCCUUUUUAAAUCAGAUUCCUGACCUACUUGAAAAUCCUCCAAUUAAUACACUAGAUGCAACAAGUCUUCAAACAGCUUUACUUCGAACUCAACAACAAAGUGCAAACCAAAACAAUCUUUUAGCAAGAAGAAAUUCAAGACGUCCACUUGCAAACAGAUUGCAAAAUCUAAGACAAUCUAUACCAGAGUUAAAUAACUUGAACAAAUUUUCACUGCUGAAUAAUAAUCAAAUUUUUAGAAAUCAAUUGCCACAACUAGGAGCUGAAUUGGAUGUAACUGAACUUGGUAUAGUUCAAGGAAUUCCAACAGCAUCUGCGCUAGGAUUACAACCAAUAAACCCCACGAUGGGCACUCAACAGUCAACAGAGAGUGGUCGGGUCUCAUUGAACAACAUUACCUUACUAUCGAACGAUCUGCAAAGUAAUAGGGGACAGCAACCGGUUAGGAAUUUGGGUGUUCAACCAAAUAUUGAUGCUAAAAGAAUUAUGCAAAAUGAUUUGAUGAGUCGUCAAAGUAUGUUAGAACAGCAAAACCAGAUAACAGGCCGAGACAAUCAGAUUGCAUUGUUAGAAAGACUUUUAAGUCGUCAGGUUCUAGGCAGUUCCAACGGUUUGACGAGAAAAGAGCUUAAUGAAAUGUCACAGUUACAAGGGAUGAUAAAUAACCAGUUGAAUAGAAAUAUUGCUCAGCGUCGGUUGUCUCUGGAAAGAAUAAACGACAAUAGUCUACCUACGUUUAACCAGAUAGUGCCUUUAUCUAGAAAUGCACAACGUAGACAGUUCGACAGCUUAAGUUCUGCCAAUAGCAUUCUUUCUGAUGCAAGGAUGGAACAAAAUAUUGGUAAUGAAAUGUUGACAAUUCCAAAUAAAUUAGCUCAGAGACAAGGGAACAAACUUUCAACGACUCAAGAAAUGACACCAACAAGUAAUUCUUUAAACAGUUUGCUUUUUGAAGAUUUGAGGCUUGGUACAGAUACAAACGAUCUAAGUAUGAAUUCAGUUUUAAAUCAACUUCAGAAUUUUCAAUCUCAGAUUAGUUCUACUUUGCCUCUUUCGUUGGAAAAACAAAAAGAGACUACCACAAAGCAAACAAACAUAACUGUCAAAAGGACAACACCUGGCAUCAAACCAAUGAUACAAACCAGUAAACAAACAGGUAACAUUGCAAAUAUAUUAAAAGAUCGAUUUCCGCAACUAAAUGCAAAUCAGAUAGCAGCCUUAACAAACGAAAUUAAAAGACAAGUAAAGUCUGUUGUAAAAUCAAAUUUUUCAGAAAAAGUGCGCGAUAUGCCGUCUCAAAAAACGUCAGUAAUUGCAAAACCUAGUUCAUCUGUUCCACAAAAAAUAACGGAAACAUUCCAAUCACGUGGAAACGAAAACAAGUUAGUAACUCAAGUAAUGGAUCCAAAACGACAAAAGAACAAUGAAAACUUUAAUCCGAUACAAGGACUGGAAAUGCUUUCACAAAAACGUCCAAUUAAUGUCGGGAAUACAGUAAAUUUGGAGCAAUUACGACAGGAAUUAAUGAGAAGUGGUUUACCAGGAAACUUAGUCAUUCAAAUUAAUCCAUCACAUUAUCUAAAUGGUAGAUCAGAUGUAAACUCUCUGCUUUCUUCUCGAAGAUUAGGAGAAGCAAGAGGAACACAAGUUCCAAAUAUAGACGUACCUAAUGUUCGAAAUCAAGUGGUUAAACAAAAUAAUAACAUACUAUUGCGAAAUCCAUUUCGGAAACAGCCUCGUGUUCCGCUUGCACUAAUAACAACUACUCCUACUCCAACGCAAAAGAUAGAUGCUAUUCAAUCUCCCCAUGAACUUAUUAUCAAAGAAAAGGGAACACAAGCAAUUGAGUUAUCAAACUUGCCGUCGACGCCAUCUUCAUCUCCAAGACAACAAUUUCGGGCUUCAAAUCAAACGGUAGUUUUAGGAAGUUUGUCAAAAGCAAAAACUAACUUGCCGAAAUCUGAAGUUUUAUGGAAAUGGCAAGUGUAAAACUUUAAUCUGAACUUUGUCAGAUCCUACAAAACACAAUUGACUUGUUUAUAUCAGUGAAGAUUGCAAGCUAUGUUAUAUCAGACUUAACGAAACAAUGAAGUAAGAAAAAGUGUGAAUAGAAAUAAAAUACACAAACUAAAUGCUAAAUAUAAUUAAAAUACUUGUGUACGAUUACAGUAGAUUUAUAUACUGGUUCAUACUUUUUUUACAGUGAGACAUUUUACAUAAAAUCUUUAUAAUUUGUGCAUGUUGUUUUGUAGUUAUAAUAUAUGUAAAAAGGGAUGGAUAGACCAAAGACAAACAUUGAAAAACAUAUACUUGAAAAACGUUUUAUUAUUAUAAAAUACAUUACUGUUAAUGAAAUGAAUUUUGCUUCAUAACAGUAAAUGUUAUUGUGUUUUAGAACGUUCUCUUAUCAGCUUUACACUGUAGAAUUUUAAAAAUAGCCAGAUCAGUCUAAGGAUUUUCGAUGAUUACGUUAACUAGAUCAAAUAUGUAAACUCAAUUUGUGCAUGACAUCUCAUAUAAACUCUUGCCUUUUAUUGAAGACCUUUUAUUAUCUUUUUAUUGUGCGAAAGCGAUAUUUUCUCCAUGAAAUUCAUUAAAUGUCUACUUGUUUGUUUUAUAGUGAAAAUAAAAAAUGAAUAUUACAA